AUGGCUGGUGUCUUCUGGCUGGUGAUGAGAGUGUGGACCUGCCACCAGAUCCAGAAGAGGAAAAAAGGCACCAGCUUUCUGCUGGAAGAUGGACCUUCCAUUGUGACUCCUCCUAAGGACAUCUGGAAUGUGACAGGAGCACAGAUCUACCUGAGCUGUGAAGUCAUGGGCAUCCCAACCCCUGUCCUCAUCUGGAACAAGAUAAUUCGGGGACAGUAUGGUGUCCAGAGGAUGGAGCUUCUGCCUGGGGACCGGGAGAAUUUGGCUAUCCAGACCCGAGGGGGUCCUGAGAAACAUGAAGUGACUGGCUGGGUGCUCAUAUCUCCUCUGAGCAAAGAGGAUGCUGGAGAAUAUGAGUGUCAUGCAUCAAAUGCCAAAGGAGAGGCAACAGCUUCGGCAAAAAUUCAUGUUGUGGAAACUCUGCAUGAAAUAGCCCUGACCAAAGAUGACGGUGCAGAGCUGUGAUGUGAGGACCUUCAAUUCGCAGUUUUAAAGUAUUAUUUUGGAAAGCUGCAACCUCUGGCUUUUUCUAGCUCACUAAUCAUUCCCUCUUAACUCCCGCAUUCUUUGAUUACCAAUUUGCUUGCACACUACUUUCACAGAUGCACAAAUAAAGAGAUUCACAAGUUUGAUUACAAAUUUUAAUUCUAUUUACAGGAAAUAAACAUACUGUUGAAGCGCACAUAGCAGAGGAGUAGAACUAUUUUAAAUGCAACCUACACAAAAUUAAACAAAACCUGAGCACUUCAGUCUCAUCAUUU